AUGCCGAUGCCCCCGGAGAACGAGAAGAAGGUCAUAGUUGUGGACUUUGAGGAUGACCACCCCCAAGACUGGCCCGCGUUACGAAAAUGGGUCAUCAUGGCCACCAUUGCGGUCCCCUUGUUCCUCAUGCCCUUGUCGUCAACAAUCACAGCACCAACCGUCAAUGCAAUUGCAGAUGAGUUCCAUACCACGUCGACCAUCACAGGUCCUCUGGCGUUAUCCCUGUUCCUGCUCAUGUACUCCAUGGGACCAAUCUUACUCGGCCCAUGCAGUGAGCUAUAUGGCCGGUGGCCGGUGUUGCAGGCUGGAGGCGUCUUUUACCUGGCCUUCAACCUUGGUGCUGGGUUCUGCACAAGCAUGACACAAUUGUUGAUCUUCCGGUUGCUGAGCGGUAUUGGAGCAAGCGCAUCUCUAGCUGUCGGCGCAAGUAUGGUAGGAGAUGUCUUCCGCAAAGAGGAGCGUGGACUACCAGUUGCUCUCGUCAGCCUUGGCCCUGUUCUAGGAUCGUGUCUCGGCCCUAUUGUGGGCGGGUUCAUUGCAGAUUACACCAGCUGGCGAUGGGCAUUCUGGUCAACUUCGCUUGCCACAGGAGUAUAUUUGGUACUAUCAUUCAUUCUCGCGCGGGAAACAUACGCACCCAUCCUACUGCUUCGCAAGAAGACAGCACUGAUUGCAGAGGCAAAGAGCGUGGGGAAGGACGACCAAUACAUCUGGAAGACCCCCUUUGAGAAGGACGAGACAAUCGGCCAGCUGUACCGACGCACCAUCUCCCGGUCCUUGUAUUUUCUUGGCACGCAACCCAUUAUUCAAGCUCUAGCUUGCUACUAUGGGUAUCUCUAUGGGAUUGUCUAUCUCCUCCUCUCCAGCUUCUCGGAUCUUUGGUCAAUGCGGUACAAUAUGAAGAUCAGCACGGGUGUCCUCAAUUACAUUGCUCCCUGCAUAGGCUACGCUAUUGGAGCACAGAUCUGUGCCUUCUUGACCGACCGACUAUACCGAUAUCAAGUAGCCAAAAACAACGGCGUCGGGAAGCCCGAGUUCCGGCUACCCAUUAUGGUGCCAGCUUCUUUUCUGGUCCCCAUUGGGCUGUUCAUUUACGGCUGGAGUGCAGAGUACAAAACCCAUUGGAUUAUACCAGAUAUUGGAAUCGCCCUGCCAUUGAUGGGGGCAACUGUCAUCUUUCAGUGUUGCACUGCCUACAUAUUGGAUACAUUCCCUUUCUACGCCGCCAGUGCCAAUGGUGCUGUCUACAUUGUGCGAGGGUUGACUGGCUUUGGAUUCCCGUUGUUCAGUCCGGAGAUGUACGCGAAGCUUGGAUAUGGAUGGGGGAACAAUGUUCUGGCAUUCUUGGCCUUGGUGAUUGGAUGUCCCAUCCCAUUCAUCUUGUGGAGAUACGGAGAGAGAUUGAGAGCCGGGAGUACCUUCGCAGAUCAGUUAAAAUAG